AUGAGAAAAACAGAUGCAGAGACAGCAAUAACAACAUGUAACGUAAAACAAAAUAAUGUAUAAAAAUAAUGUAAAUAGACUUAAGUUCUUUAAAGACAAAGUUUGUCAGACCGAAUCUAAAAAAGGCCUAGCAAUAUGUCAUGGCUAAAACAUGAAGCCGUCGGAGGAAGCUACAGCAGAGCCAAUGGACCGGGUUCUUCCACUACCUUUCCUUUCCUACCUAUCUAGCUUCGCCUCCGACUUUCUUCAGCCUCUCCCAGGUUUUGACCCGGUCCAUUCCCGCCCCCAAGUCCCUCCUCAGCCCCUUUCCUCCGCGGCGGGAGGCGGGGAAGCGAGGAGGCUUAACGUCCAGCCCGUCUCCCUACACCAACCGGCUCGCUCUCCCCGGCGGCCGCGAUGAUGUUGCCGGGGGCGGGCCCCACACUGUCGCGCUCUAUUUCUCGGCCCGCCUUUCCGCGAUUGGUGAGGAAGAGCGUACGUCACGCUGCCUAUAAAAGGAAGGGUUUGUGACGCAGGCGCGCCUCGGGGAGCGCCGAUUGGCUCUCUUGACGCGAACGCUCGGUGGAGGUCGGAGUCGUGCCGCCGUUCUCUCCGCGACGAGCGCCAUUGCUCUCUCCUCUUCAGCCGACGCCACCGCCGCCUGUGCUGCGGGACCGGCUGUAUGGUUAGGCCACAGUCUUUAAUGAGUAAACUAAGUCCUUCCUGUGGUGGUGUUGGUCACGCAUUUAUGGAGUUUCUGAAGGUCCCCGGAGACUACUGCCAGGCACAGCACGACCUUCUUGAGGAGAAGUGAACUGUAAAAAUUCAUCACUGCUCCACCCAGAAGCCCCCGUAGGAGUGUCACCCUGGACACAGACGUGUGUUCUUGAAACCAUCGGAGCCUUUUACAAGAAUUCCGACCCGGAUGGGGUAAACCUCGGUGCUCUUCCUUUCCAUUGACUCAGUCUUACUGAACUGAAGGAUGGCUUCGUGUUAGGAGGUUCGUUUCAUUUUCUCAUUACUCCCAAUUUUGUAUCUAAAGCAUUGAGAAUUUCGAGUGGGGCAUAUUGGAGUAGACUUCAGUUUCUUUACAUCAUUUCUGCGUUCAGAAAUUUAAUUUUUUUUCCCGUAACCGUAUCGAUUUUUUAAAAAACUAAGUUAACAUGGCUCCACUGAACCGCCCAGCUCCUGUGGAAGUCACAUACAGGAACAUGAGAUUUCUUAUUACACACAAUCCAACCAGUGCAACCUUAAGCAAAUUCAUAGAGGACCUUAAGAAGUACGGAGUUACGACAAUAGUAAGAGUGUGUGAAGCAACUUAUGACACUGCUCUGGUGGAGAAAGAAGGCAUCCAGGUUUUGGAUUGGCCCUUUGAUGAUGGUUCAUCACCCUCUAACCAGAUCGUGGAUGACUGGUUAAGUCUUUUAAACAUUAAAUUUCGGGAAGAACCUGGUUGUUGCAUUGCUGUUCACUGUGUUGCAGGUCUUGGGAGAACUCCAGUGCUUGUCGCCCUGGCAUUAAUGGAAGGUGGAAUGAAAAAUGAAGAGGCGGUCCAGUUUAUAAGACAAAAGCGGCGUGGAGCUUUUAACAGCAAGCAACUUUUAUAUUUGGAGAAAUAUCAUUCUAAAAUGCGGCUGCGCUUCAAAGACUCCAGUGGCCAUAGAAACAACUGUUGCAUUCAAUAAAACUUGCCUGCCUCAUGCUGUUGCCUUGGACACGGAACUUGAGACAGGAC